AUGCCUUCCUCUACAACUUCGUCAUCUUCCGCCGGCUCCAGUAUCAAGUCGUGGUUUGCUCGACACUGUACGCCUGCUCCCGCGUGGCGCGGUCAGCAGACGUGCUGGUGCCAGGACUGCUUCAACAAGCAGAUGGGCCUACCCAAGAAGUCUCAGGGCUCUGACUGGCCCUACAACCACCCUACCCGCAACAACAACGGCUUCAGCUCCGAGACUGCGUCGCUAAAUAUUGAGUCGGAAGCUGAGUUGGACAACGCUAUUCUAGAAGCGCUCGGCCUCAAUGCCAGCGCCACCACGAUGCGCUCCCACGGGGGCUCCGGCUUCGCCUCGACCUUUAAGCUGUCGACGACGGCCGACGGGCAGCCCACGCACUACUUUGUCAAGACGGGACGCGGCGCUGACGCGGAAGUCAUGUUUAAGGGCGAGCACGCUUCCCUCAACGCCAUUGCCGACGCCGUGCCCAACUUUUGCCCGCGCGCGUACGCCCACGGCGCCAUGCGCUCCGCCGCGGAUACUUUUUUCCUCGUAACCGACUUUCUCGAGCUCCUCGGCACUUCUUCGUCCUCGUCCUCGUCGUCGCCGUCUCUCGCCGCCAAGCUCGCGCAGCUACACACGACGCCCGCGCCGAUUCCUCCCGGCCACGACAGCCCCGUCUUUGGCUUCCCUGUGCCGACGUGUUGCGGCGCCACGGCGCAGGACAAUACUUGGUGCGCGUCGUGGCCCGACUUUUACGCCAACCGUCGUCUGCGCAGCAUUUUGCGCGCGUCUGCCGAAAAUCACGGAAAGGACGCGGCGCUGGCGGACGCGGUGGAAAAGGUGGCGGAGAGGGUGGUGCCGCGGCUGCUGGGCAGCACGACCACCGGAGCGGCAUCGCGAGCGACGUCGCGGCCGGUGGUGGUGCACGGAGACUUGUGGAGCGGAAACCACGCGCGGGGACGCUUCGCGAGCCGAGGCGGCGGCGGCGGCGGCGACGUGGAAGAGGUCGUGUAUGACCCGUCGGCGGUGUACGGUCACGCAGAGUACGAGCUGGGCAUCAUGCGCAUGUUUGGCGGGUUCGGGAGAGAGUUUUGGGAGGAAUAUCACAGGCUGGUGCCCAAAGCGGAGCCGCAAGACGAGUGGGAGGAUCGGGUUUCGCUAUACGAGCUCUAUCAUCAUCUUAAUCACUUUGCCAUGUUUGGUGGAGGCUAUCGCGGCAGCGCUAUGGGUAUUAUGAAGAGGCUGAUCACAAAGUAUGCAGGCUGA